AUGGCAUCUGAUGUAGAGUGGAAGGUUUUAAUUUUUGACGCCUUUGGUCGCGACGUCAUCUCCUCGGUUCUUCGUGUUAAUGACCUUCGUGAGAACGGUGUCACUGUUCAUAUGCAAAACGAGCGGCAGCCUAUUCCUGAUGUCCCUGCUGUCUAUUUCGUGGAGCCAACCUCUGAAAAUAUACGCAAGAUUAGCGAGGAUCUCUCGAACCAUCUUUACGACUCUUACUACAUCAACUUCUCUACAGUAAUACCACGACCACUUAUGGAGGAGUUUGCUGCUUCAACAAUCCCUAGUGGGAACUCAUCAUUGAUCCAACAAGUCUACGAUCAGCAUUUGAACUUCAUUUGCACAGAACCCAACAUGUUCUCACUCAAUGACCGACAAUCUUACUUGGCCUUAAAUGACCCAACAGCGCCUGAGACAGCAAUCGAGGCCUCAAUUGAUAAGGCAGCCAGCGCUCUAUUCUCUGUUCUAGCUACCAUGGGCGUUAUCCCCAUCAUUCGCUGCCCCAGGCGCGGUGCAGCAGAGAUGUUGGCCAAGAAGCUCGACAGUCGUUUGAGAGAUCAUGUCAUGAAUAGCAGGAACAAUUUGUUCUCGGACUCCAACACUAUGAAUUUCCAACGCCCCGUACUUGUUAUUUUAGAUCGUAAUAUGGACCUAGUUCCUAUCCUCAGUCACUCGUGGACUUACCAGGCACUAGUGCAUGAGGUCAUGGACAUGAAGCUGAAUGAAAUCGUAGUCCAGACGGAGGAGAAUGGUCGUGUAGUCAAGAAGAAGUAUGAUAUUGAUGCUAAGGAUUUCUUCUGGAAUAAGAAUGCGUCAGCACCUUUCCCCCAGGUCGCUGAGGAAAUCGACAGUGAGUUGACAAAAUACAAGAAAGAUGCUGCAGUGAUAUCACAAAUGACUGGUGUCAACAAUUUGGACGAUGUCAAUCAACUAGACUUCUCAUCAGGCGCAAAGCACUUGAAGACUGCCAUCACAGCCCUUCCGGAACUCACAGCUAGAAAAGCAACAUUGGAUAUGCACAUGAAUAUUGCGACUGGAUUGUUGCAGGGGAUCAAAGAACGACAACUGGACACUCUGUUCCAAAUGGAAGACUCAAUCACCAAGCAGACAAAAGCGAGCAUUCUCGAGGCCAUUAAUGAUCCAGAAAAAAAAGUUGCUGAAGAUAAGAUGCGUCUUUUCUUAAUUUACUAUCUUUCGGUUCAGGAGGACAUUCCUAAUGACGUUAUGCAAGAAUAUGAGGAUGCAUUGGUGAAAGCUGGAUGUGACCUUGCACCGUUGAGAUAUAUCAAAGGAAUUCGUGCGUACAUCCGUAUGACGAACAUGACACAGCAGCAGCCUCAGAGUUUUGGUCGCCCUGAUUACCUUUUGAAUCGUCUUGGUACUAUUGGUAACAAGCUUUCUGACCAUCUCGGUUCCGGUGGGUUGGGUGGUGGAUUUGAAAACCUUUUGGCAGGUGUGAAAAAUUUCCUUCCGGCCAAGAAGGAUCUACCAAUGACUCGAAUUGUCGAGUCAAUUAUGGAGCCUGGUGGGGGUACUAAUGAAACGAAUGAGGAUUUUCUUUACUUUGAUCCUAAAGUCAGUCGAGCAUCCAAUGCCAAGAUGCCGCGUACGAAGACGCCGUUCCAAGAAGCGAUUGUGUUUGUGGUGGGUGGUGGUAACUAUGUAGAGUAUCAGAAUCUGAACGAAUACGCACAACGCCAGACAAUCAAGAAAAAGAUCACGUAUGGAUCCACAGAAGUACUGAGUCCCAAGGAGUUCCUGCAGCAACUGGCUGUCCUUGGCAAGGAGCAAUAA